AACUUUAGCCGCAAAAAACAGCUACCAGAAACAAAACAAGCGACAGAGACGACCCUCGCCGGAAUCCCAAGCUCUGGUGACCCGUGUUUCAGAGAUUCGGACCACCUUUCUCUUCUCUGUCGUUGCCCUGGAGGUUUUGAUGACCUCCUGCUUUGUGGGUCGUGCUUAAUUUUCGCCCUCUUGCUCCGGUCUUCUUUUGCGAGGACAACUGACGCGCUCGCUGGAAUCGUCGUAGCCGCCGGGAAAGAGUGUUCCUGUGAUGGGAUUUUGCAUCUGUCCCUUGGGGACUCCAGCUAGGUUGCUGUGGAGUACUAGCUUCUUCCGCCACAAGCUCAUGAUCUACUAAUUAAGACCAGAACGACAACCUAAAUUUUAUAAAAUCAAGAAAGCCAAGUCCGGUCAGUACUGCUCGAUUUCGCCGGGAUUUCAAUAGAGAAAUUUGCCGAAGAUCUCACCGACGGAGGAGUUUUCAUGGAUUCCGGCCAUAUUUUUUUUAACCCCUCUUCCUGCCACGGGAACAUGCUGUUCCUUGGUAAUGGGGAUUCACUUUUCCGAGGUGCGAGGCCACUGAUGAACAUGGAGGACACCUCGAAGAGGCGACCUUUUUUCACCUCGCCGGAGGAACUCUUCGACGAGGAAUACUACGACGAACAGUCGCCGGAGAAGAAACGUCGACUCACGCCCGAGCAGGUACACCUGCUGGAGAAAAGCUUCGAGGCGGAGAACAAGCUGGAGCCGGAGCGCAAGACCCAGCUGGCCAAGAAGCUGGGGCUGCAGCCGCGGCAGGUGGCGGUGUGGUUCCAAAACCGCCGCGCGCGGUGGAAGACCAAGCAGCUUGAAAGGGAUUACGAUCUCCUCAAAUCCUCUUACGAUAAGCUUCGAUCUGAUUAUGACGCCAUUACCAAAGAAAAUGAGAAGCUCAAAUCUGAGCUUGUUUCUUUAACUGAGAAGCUGCAAGCAAAGGAAGUGACCGGAGCACCGCUGACCGGCCAGAAGCCCGAGCCGCCGCCGGCGAACAUCGUGGGCAUGUCGAACCUGCAGCCGUCCGGGCUGAAGACUGAGGACCGCCUGAGCUCCGGCAGCGGCGGGAGUGCGGUGGUGGAUGAAGAUGGUCCGCAGAUGGUGGACAGCGGCGAUUCGUACUUUCCGACCGAUGGGUAUCCCGAAUAUAUGGCGCGGGUGGACGGAGUGCAGUCGGAAGAGGAUGACGGCAGCGACGAAUGCCGGAGCUACUUCACCGACGUGUUCGCCGUCACCGGAGAGCAGCACGAGGGAGAGGCUUUGGGGUGGUGGGUCUGGUCUUAGUUGAAAUCGUUAAUUGCAACUUAAUUGUGCUCUUAAGGAUGGUGUUUGGGUAUUUUUAUUAUUGAUGUCUGUAAUAUCGUAUUUCUACGUAUAGUUGCUUAUAAGGUAAAAAAUUAAGAGAGAAAAAAAAAAAAUGUUGCUUUGUAGUUUGUACUAGCUAGUGGGACAUUUUAAAAAAAAAAAAAAAACAGUAAUAAUAAUAAUAAUGAUAAUAAUAAUGGUUUGGUUUA